CAUCAUCGAGUGGAGAUCUAUUGUUGGAAAGAGGGUGAGCUCAUCGUUCAGCAGUUUGAGAGGACGGAGCGAGGACGCAGGACGCAGCAGCAGCAGCAGAGGAGGACAGUCUGCAGAUCCGCAGCUUCCAACUACAAGAGGACGACGACAGGACUCGGUCCAGACAUGGUGUGGUCCCUGGAGGGAGAGGCGGAGCGGCCCCCGCUGUCCGUCAUCCUGCCGCGCUUCUACCUCGGAGCGGAAAGCGACGUGACGCAGGACCGCCUGGCGUCUCUGGGCAUCUCCUACGUGCUCAGUGUGAGCCGCUGCAGCCCCCAGCCCUCCUUCCUGCCCUGCUCCAGAUACCUUCGCAUCCCCAUUGACGACUCCCUGUGGGACGACCUGCUGCCCUGGAUCCCGCAGGCUCUGCACUUCAUCGAUGCAGCCAUGUCCUCCGGUGACUCUGUCUUGGUCCACUGUGCGGCAGGAAUCUCCCGCUCCCCGGCUCUGGCUGUAGCUUACAUCAUGUACAGUCUGGGACUGGACCUGGAUCAGGCCUACAGGUUUGUAAAAGAGCGCCGGCCUUCCAUUUCCCCAAACUUCAACUUCCUGGGUCAGCUGCAGCACUUCCAGGCCACUCUGCACCAGAAGGCCUCCACCAGCAGCCUCCACACGCAGCAGCUGGACAACCGACCGCCGCCCAGCAAUGACAAUGACGUCCACAUCCACACACGUCAACGAAUGAGCGACCCAGUCGUGAGCAGCGUCACUGGAGAGCAGACGCACAGGGAGACCUUCUCCCACGCGGAGCAGAGACACGCAGACGGCGGAGGAAACCAGCCGUCGUCAUGGAAACGUAGGACUCUGCAUUUGACUCUCAGUCAAAACCAACAGGAGGCUCAGACCCCAUGUGAGGUCCCAAGUCCAAACCCCUGCCCCGCUAUUAAGCCAGCACCAAAGCCCGCGCAGCAGGUCCCACCAGGCUCCGUUUCCCUGUGGGAGAAACGUAAAAGUCUCACUCUGUCCUUGACUCCGCUGGGAAGCAGCCCCCCCCCCCCAGGAAGUAGCAUCGGCCAGCGAGCCGCUGCCCAAAAGGCCCAGAGCUCGGAGACAGUAGAAAGGCCCGAGGCAAAGACGCAGGGAGCGGGCGGCUCCCACAGGCCGAGCCGGGCCCAGGAUCCCACCCACAGCCAGUGCCGCAGGGCGGCGGCGAAGGAGCAGGGCUCGCUGUCGCCGUUCAGCUUCACUCUCAGCAAGCUGCUGGACUGGGGGGAGAGGCUGCUCCUGGGGGAGGCCUUCGUCCACCCCGUGAGGAUAGGACAGCCGGCGCUGCCGUACCGGUGUUGAGGACCGUCCCCGCCUGUGCAUGUUAGCCGGAAGGAAGCGCGCAGGAUGUUUGUCUUGUGUUUAUUUAUUUAUUUAUGGCAGAGAAGAACCCGUGUUGUCCAACAGCGCCACACAGCAUGUCUCGUUUUCAUCACUGCUUGUCUGUGAUUUAUACGAUGCAGUAGUUUUUGGCUUUAAAAACACUAUCGGCACAAUGGCUUAUACUGCAUUUACUUAUAAUUAAAGGUUACAUUUCA